UUUUCCAGCACUUGACGUUUAGGUGGAACAUGACAUUUUGCAGAUUUAAUUUUUUUGACAAAUGGCAGACUCUUUUUUCGGAUUUGAUACGUCUCUCGAAGGUGGCGGCUUAGAAGAUGGAAUAGAUGGUCCAUUGGAAGAUGAUGAUUUUGGAGAAGAGGAAGAAUACGAUGCUUUAAAUGAUGAGACUUUCGGUUCAGAAGCUACAAUUGGGGAUUGGGAACAAGACCAUGAAAAGUUAGCUCAAAUUACAGAAUCAACUCGUCCACAGGUUCAGAACACAUCCAACAAUAAGAAUGGAAAUGUGGACGUUGGGGAGAAUUUGUCACAUUUGGUAUUGGAUGAUAAGGAAGGGACUGUACCACGUCCUGGCGUAUGGGACAGCCCCAUUAAUCUUCCAUUACCACAAACUCAAGCACCACCACCAUUACCAACUUUGAAAAAAGUAUGCACGGUUGAAGAAUUAGAACGUGGUCUGAUCGCCAACAGACCUCCACCUGGACUUACCAAACCAUCGCAGUCUCAGCAACAACCUGGGGGAUCAUUUCUUUUUGAUUCAUUGCCUUUGAAUGAACAGCUUCCAGUUAACGGGGUUCCUCCACAUCGGUUUCCUCAUGGUUUAAUGUUACCUGGACCACAUUCUGUCGUUCUACCUCCUAAUGUAAGAGUACCCCACUCGCAAUUCAUUCAGAACUCAAGACUCAUGAAACUUGGAAAUGUGAUAAGAUAUCCCGUAAUUCCACAAUUAAUGAUGCUACAUGGCGUUCAAAGACCACCACCUGGUACCUUCUGUGGCAAUUUUCCCCAACCACCUCAUCCUAUUUUGGAGCCGUCGCAAUUUUUGCGCCCUGAUCAUCCAAUAAUUCCUCCAUUUUCCAGUAAUCAAAUGAAUCAUCAACAGCAACAGCAUUCUGUAUCUCACUCUGGAAAUCAGCGAAAUCAAGAUCGACCAUUUCAUUCUAAUGACCAACAAGGAAAUCAUCAAUUAUUUUAUAAGAAUAAACAAUAUCCUCACCAUAACUACAAUAGAAAUAAUCAGAGAUAUCAUCAUAUGCAAUAUAAUAUUCAUGGAAUGAAUGGGAUUGGUGGCACAGGAGAGUACGAUGAAUAUGCUGGGCUCAUGAGUAGUCGUGAGAAACAGUGGUUAAUCAAUAUUCAACUAAUGCAGUUAAACACGAAUCAACCGUACAUUGAUGACUAUUAUUAUACGGUAUUUUGUGAUAGACAAAAUAAACAACAUGAAAAUCAGGACAACAGAGAUAGGAGAAUUCACAAUAAUAAUGGAUUUCAUAGAGAUUCCAGGGAACGGGAACAGCCACAUGUUCUCACCAAAGUAGUGUACACACCGAUGCAAUUUGAAAAUUCUUUGGGAAAACUUCAAUGUGGCAGUGUUACAGCUCCUCGCAAGAUAAUCGACAUGGAUGUCGUUUCUAACAAUGACUCUCAGCAAGUGCCUCCACAACAACAAAAGGACACUAAAAAGACUCGUCAAUUGUUGCUAGAGACCGAAAGGUUAUAUACGAUACAAUUAAAACUUGAAGAUACGAACAAUCCUCUUGCAUUGCUAGCGGAGCAGCAGCAACAUCAAAAAGAGGGAGAGUCCGAAGCGAAAGCGAUAAAGAAGACAAAACCUGAACUUUGUAGCAUGAUUUUAGCUUCGUUGCUACAGUUACUCAAAGAUGACAAGCUGGCCAGUAUGCUAAGUAUCCGGAAAGGAAAAACGUUGUUACUUCGAUUUUUACCACACUUGAGUGUUACGGAAUACGGAAAUCAGUUAGGAGAGCUUUGGACUGGAAUUUUACGCGGAUUGGCGGUAAUAGGCCGUAGAGAUGGUCAUCUUUUAUCAAACCUAUAUCCAGAAUUCCAAAGGUGGAUUCAAACCGUCACAGAUUUCUCUGUACUUCUACGCAUGGGGAAAGCUUUAUCGGAAUCUUCCAAUCAGCCUGCUAAAAACAACAGUUUAGCUUUUGCUCUCGUCAACAAGUUUGGCGUAUCCGUAAUAGCAUCAGUUUUAGAACAAGCCGAGGCACUGUUUCCUGUCGAAGAGUCUCUAGCAUGCGAAUGGUCAUCUUUUAUGGUAACACUCGUCGAAACCGUCGGUGCUACACCACCUAGUGUCGCACCUUGCCAGCCGAUUGCUGCAAAUACGCUCAAUCAGCAUUUGAAUCGGAUCCAUACGCUAAAGAUUGAAAGGUAUGCUCCGCUAGAGCUUUUGUUAACUGACGCGAAUCCUUCACGAUAGUCUGAAAUGAUUAAGCCAUGUAAUUUUUCAUUAAGUUUAUUUUAAACACUGUGUGAUAGGGCAGUGGAAACAAAAAGCAGCAAACUAUAAAUUUACAGAUACUUUAAGUGCCCAUAUGGUAUCCGCUACCCGUAAUUGUGGUACUAACAAGUGUGCUGGAUACCAAUGUUUUGCAAUGUAGAUCAACGUUUAGCAAAGACGUGGAGAUGUAAAAGAAUAAUGUAUUCAAUUUACCGUAGGUACACGUAAUGCCAACAAAUAAAUUUGUUAUUCGGGGAGGUAGAGAAAAGAUGUGUGUGAGAGAGAGAAGAAAAGUGCGAAAGAGAGAGAGAGAGGGUUCAUGCCCUGCUGUACACUAAUUGUUAGUACGCUAUAGAGUAAUUAUAUUUCUAAAAACGGUGCAGUUCUAAUCUUGUUGAUCUAUUAUGGCAAAAAGUACAUACAAAGAAGGAUUCUGAAAUGCAAGAUGAUUGCAAAUCUGUGAUCAAAUGCAAUGCCAAAUUUUAAUCUGUGAUCAGGGAUAAUAUGUAGAAGAAAUCUAGGAUGAGUGAAGAAUGAAUUUACCAGGAAGAACUAAUGAUUCUCACUUUAAUAGUGCUUAUCUCCGAGAAGAAAUUCAUACGAAAUUCAUUUUUUAUUUCAAUUCGUUAUGUAAUGCUACGUUGUUAAUGUAUAGAACAUGUUAUCACUAGCUUUCAUUGUCACUUCCUUUUUUUUUUUAAUCCGUAUCUUUUAGAAUUUUCAUUUUUUUCUGCACACUGCUAAAGUGAGAUUCGUCGUUCGGUGUCUUUUGAUGAUGACUGGUUAUUCACUCUGUUCUACAAUCACUUCAUAAUUAAAGAAUCCAGUUUUUCAAUUCAGAUUGUAAAUGUACUCGAUCGAUUUAGGCAUAGUUGGCAUAAUGCAUGAGUUCUGAUCCUACCAUGUAAAACUGGUAUCUAGCAUUCUGAACUGCAACAUCCUUUUUUCCUCUUCAUCCAAUUCCUGAUUGAUUUUUAUUGUACAAACCGUAGAUUGUGUACGAAUGAGGUUUAACUGCAACAAAACGAUAUAAGGUGAUCAUUCGUGUAUACAUUUUCAUCUUUGAUAAUAUAAAAGAAUUUCUUGAAGUACACCCAGGCUUUAAGACUUUCUUCCCUUACGUAUUAUCUCCUGCACUGUAAAAACGAGUUAUCCUUGAAUGCUGCAGUCUUUUAAGGCAAAUUAAUUUUUAUUGUCCUUAUAGGUUAUAUAUAUAUACAUAUUUACAGAUUUUGUCAAAUUUAAUGAUAAACUGCCUAGACUAUACAUUACAGUGAGGGAAAUUGUAUAUGAUCCGAACUAAAUAGGGUGUAAUUACCAAAGUCCUCUGCCUAAAAUUAUAGAUGGCCAGGUCAGGUGCACGUACAUUAAUGAGGAUAACUUUGUAAUAAUUGAACCUAAUACAACCACACAAGACAUAUGCCAAGAGUAGGUAUUUGUCUAAAUAGAAACAUUAAACCAUGGGUCAUUUGAUGUGGAAUGCAUUGUUGUUACAAAAUUAUAUAUAUGUAUAAGUACUUUACGUUGAAUCAUGCUUAAUUACAAUUUAUUGCCUCAUAUUUUUAGCUUUGUAAAUAGCACAAUAACCAGGGGAGAGGAAUUUACAUAUUUUGUAAUUAUAGGUAAAACCACAAUUGCAGUUUGCUUUGACCUUACAUAUAAAUACACUCUUGCACGAAAAGUAUUAUAAAGAAAAAAAUAUAUAAAAUAAUUUACCUUGCUAUUUUUAAAUUUUAUUAAAAUCAUUAAAUUAGUAUAUACUAUAUACCUAAUUAUGUAUAUCCUGAAUUUGGAGAGGACAAUGGAAGAAGAUAAUUUUUUACCUGCCAGUUAUAAUUAACGAGUUUAUACAAGAACCGUGUUUUGUCAGCCUGAUAUAAUCAAUAUACGAUAUUAAGCAACUCAAUUGUAGAUAACUAUUAUAAAUCAACCAUAUCUUGUUAGCACCUCUUAGUAUUUUUCACGUUCUUCGAUAGUUACUGUAAGUAUGUUCUUUUCAUUAAAACCUUGCAUGUUUAAUUUAUGAAGUAGGUAAUUAAAUAAGGGAACCUAAAUUACCAUACAACAGUUGUACAAGUAAUAAGGAGAGAAGUAACAAUAACAAUGCAGUGAUCAAGUAUAACGUAUACAAUGGUGGAAAUUCUAACUAGAUGCAUAGCUUAUACUGUACAGUACACGUUUGUAUUCACCUUCGUGUUAAAUAAAACAAUUAAUUGAACUACGUCGUUCACCACAGAUUUCUAUGUACGAUCUUAAGUAAGAGCAGAAAGGCAAUUUUCAUUUUUGGUCAAACUUACAUGAAAAAGGUGAACACGAACUUAAACUUUUAACAUAGAAUAUAAGAUGUAUUCUUGUAGUGUAAUAGCUGUUUGCGAAGCAAUGACGUGCUUCAAAAGUUUCUAACAUUUCUACCACUUUGCAGCCGAGAAUUUUGAAGGGAUUUGUCGUUGUUUGGUGUAGAAUAAUCGCGAUGAUGUAUUUCGGUUAAAUGACUGUAUAGCUUAGGUAAUAGAGAAUGCGCUCAGAGAAAACGUUUCAUAAUGGCAUCCGCUUUCUACGUCGUUGAUUGCGUGACGUUUUUUAAUAGGAUCUUUGUCAUUUUAUAAGAAUACCGUUAUAUACAGAUGUAGACUUCUUUGCCUUGUUAUAAGACAUGCGUAGGAAGUACUCGACGAUAUUUUUCUCCACUCACUCCCGUACGUUAGUGACAAUGUUUAUGGAUUUUAUCCAAAGUUUUGCAUCGUCCAGUUUAUAUUUUCACUUUUUAAGAUAAGUUAUUAAUUAAGGCUGCACGUACACAUUUGAUAUUUUACUCUAUAGCCGGUAAACGACAAGCAAAUGUGUACGUAAAAUGUGGCGGAGAUAUCAUACACUAUGUGUCGAAAUGACAGAAUUCAACAUAUUCAGUUUCCAAUUCAGGUUAAAUUAGAAAUAUAUUUUUAUAGAGAUACUACUCGUAUUGUCUUUAAAUGCGGCAGAUAUAAUACAGGAGCAUGUCGGGGGCAGUAUCGAUAAAUCAAAGAUCUGAAUCGAAAUUAAAAGACUACACUUACUGUACAUUAUUUAGACUUACAAAAAAAAAAAAAAACAAUCAAUUCAGGUCAAAAGAUGAUUGUAAAAUUACGCUUCCGACAGGGAGCGACUGUAGCUUGUGUGUAGAAUUGACCUAAUUUGGAUUCGACCGUAUAAAUAAAUGUUUUGCAUCUGAUAAAA